AUGGCUCCCACUGUCUCCCACAUCGCCGAGGUUGAUGCCAGCAAGCUUGACUCUCUGUCCCCCAGCCAACGGUCCACCGCACACUUCCAAUGGCUCAACAUUCUCUCAGCCCGCCUCUCUGCCUUGCAAUCUGCUCACAACAUGUGCAUGGAUCUUGAUGUGGGGGGAGGCAUGGCAUCUGUAUCCGAAGAGAUUGCUCCCCUGGAGGAAGCGGUUAAUGAAGCGAGAAAGAUGGUCAGCGUGCUUGGAUCGCAGCUAAGGAGGCGGGGAAGUGAUGUUGAUGUAUGCUGA